AUGCUGGGACCAGUUGAUGCUCCUCAAAUCCACACCCUCCUGGUGGAAGACGUGGGCCACCGCUACUACCAAGCAAACACCUCACAUCUUGCAGAGAAGUUGGACGUGUUUGACAACCUCCCGGAUGGUGUGGUCCACCUCCUCCUCAGUCGUGAAUCGACAGAACACAACAGCGAUUCUAGGGCUCAUUUUAAGAUGCUAUAG